UUCUUUUUCCUAAAAAAGAAAAAUCAAUCAAGUUUUUUAUAUAACCGCUCUAUGAACUGAGCGUUUCAAUAUGAUAGAGAAAUUUUGAUCAAAAUAAAAAAUGGGAGCUAUUCGAGUUCUCUCCACCGAUACAAUCAAGGCACCAAAAUCAAGUGAGCAAACAAUCCAUUUGACUCCAUGGGAUCUCCGGUAUCUACUUGUUUUAACCAACAAAAAGGGCCUUCUUUAUCGCCAUCCGGUUGUAGCUAACCAAAUCCAACGGCUGAGACACUCUCUGUCCUCAGCCCUUGCCUUUUUCCAACCUCUUGCCGGCCGUCUCAAAAUAACGGAACACAGAGACAACACUGUUUCGUGUUCCGUUAUAUGCAACAAUGCAGGUGUACUCUUUGUCCAUGCCGCAGCAGAGAAUACUUGUGUUGCAGACAUCCUAGAACCCACCUACGUACCUCCAAUUGUUGAUUUAUUAUUUGCUUUAUCCGAAGUAAGAAGCUAUGAAGGCACAUCAAAACCAUUGUUGGCAGUUCAAGUAACGGAGCUAGUUGACGGUAUUUUCAUUGGUUGCUCAUUUAACCAUGUUGUCGUUGACGGAAAGUCCGUGUGGCAUUUCAUCAAUUCCUGGGCUGAAAUCUCACGUAGUUGUUGUCAUCAUCAAAUAUCUAAACCCCCAACACUAGAGCGUUGGUUUCCAAAUGGUGUUCAACGGCCUAUACGAUUUCCUUUCACUUUGGAGCAACAAAAUGAUCACUCUGAUAGGUUGAGUUUUUCAUCGUUUAAUGAGGAAAAAUAUUGUUUAUCAAAUAGGUUAUUUCAUUUCACAAAGGAGAAAAUCCUACAAUUGAAAUCGAAAAUCAACGAAGAGAUCGGCACCACCAAAAUAUCUUCUCUACAAGCACUUUUAACUCACGUUUGGUGCUAUGUGACCCGUUUCAAACAAUUUGACCCACAAGAAGAAGUAUUUAAUAGAGUCGUGAUAGGAGUUCGACCAAGGUUAGUUCCACCGUUACCAGAAGAUUAUUUUGGAAAUGCACUUAUAAGUUGUAUGGUUAAAAUGAAAGCUGGGGAAUUGUUGGAGGAAGGUGGACUUUGUAAAGGUGCUUUGGAGAUGAACAAGUUAAUUGCUUCACACACUGAUGAGAAGUUGAAGAAUCAUUACGAGUCUUGGUUAAGAAAUCCAAGCUUUUUUAGGCUUGCUAAGAACAUGGUAAAAAAUAAUUUCAUAUCCAUUAGUAGUUCUCCAUGGUUUGAUGUUUAUGGUAAUGAUUUUGGAUGGGGAAAGCCUCUGGCAGUUCGUAGUGGAUAUAAAAUAAAUGGACUUAUUACGGUAUUUGCCGGAAUAGAAGAAGGUAGUAUAGACCUUCAAGUUUGUCUUCCUCGUGAGAUUUUGGAGGGAAUGGGAAAUGACCCCAAUUUCAUGGAUGUUGUGUCCAACUAAUGCAGCGUGAGGUGUGUAAAAUCAAUAUGAUACAAUAUUGUUAAGUUUUUUUUUUUUUUUUUUUUUUUUUUUUCAUUACCUAUGUUAAGAAGUUUUCAUCUUUGCUUUAUAUUUAUUUUUUAAAUAAGCAAUUUAUUUUAUUAAGAAUAAGCAAAAUAGGAUACAUGUUAAAUGUUAAGGAACUUAAAAUAUAAAUUUCGUCUUAAAAAUUGUGUAAAUUUAUUUUUCAAUAAUAUUUUUCUGUAAAUAUUUAUCAUUUAUCAAAUAUUUAGCUUAUAUGGAUAAAUGUUAGCAUGACCCUAAAAAUCAAGGACUCGGUUGAUACGGUGCAUGUGGUUACUUUUGUUGGACUAAGUUGUAUUAUAGUACUACUCUUUUUUUUUGUUUUUUUUUGUUUUAUCGUCAUCAAAUGUUACAGUUUGUGCUACUCUUUUUCAAGGGGAUAAUUUGUACUACUCUUAUCAACCCACUCAAUUAUAUUUGAGUAGAAUAAUAAGAAAAAUCAAACUUUUUCUUAUA